AUGGAUCUCGCCAGCCUUCUCUCACAUGGCGCCCCGGGCCCUAAGGCCUAUGCACCUUACACUCCCAAGGAAUCCGGGCCCUACAAGCGCUCGCCACAGCCGCCUCUGUCACCGCCCGUCGACGAGCCCAAGUGCUCGCUGCCUUCAAUCUCGACUCUGCUCGAGGGUGCCGAUGGUGCGCAGCAUGCAGCCAAACGCCAACGUCUCUCUCCUACAUCCCACCGCGAGCGGGAUACCCGUCACUCCUAUGACUCGGUCUGCCUGCCGCCCACGCCGCCCCUGCGGCCGGGCUCGGGCUCGGGCCACAGCGCAGCCACCUCGCCCACAGACCUAAGCUCCUCCAAGCCCGACUCAGUUCGCCGCCUGUCCAGCCCGGGUACCACGCACAUGCCCGCCGCGGCGCCCUACGCCUCGCCGGCCCCCAGUGUGUCAUCGUACUCGUCGCCCGUUGACGUCACGCCCUCGGCUACUGCCAUAUACUACGGCCGGCCACCGGCUACGGCAACCUUCCAACCGGCCACGCAAGUGCCCGCCGCCCCGAUGCCCCAGCCUCAUCAUCAGCACCAGCAGCGCCAGCACGCACACCCGGCAGCAUCCCGCGCCCCAGCACCCACUCAAGCAUCCGGGCCCACUGCCCCUCCCCAACAACAGCACCACCACCAACAACAACAACCACAGCAACGCACUGCCUCAGCCUCAGCCCCGGCACCAGCACAGGCCCCGGCACCGUCUUCCUCCUCGCCAGCCCAGAUCUCUCCAGUUACUCCGGCCUGGCAACACCACCAUUACUUCCCGCCCUCCUCCACGGCAGCCUACCCACAGAACCAUGACCGCUACAUCUGCCGCACCUGCCACAAGGCGUUCUCGCGGCCGUCGUCGCUGCGCAUCCACUCGCACUCGCACACGGGCGAGAAGCCGUUCCGCUGUACGCAUGCCGGCUGUGGCAAGGCAUUCUCGGUGCGCAGUAACAUGAAGCGCCAUGAGCGGGGGUGUCACUCGGGACGACCUGCUGCUGCUGCUCUUGUUGUUUGA